AUGUGCUGUCUGAAGAGGGAAAUCCAUUCAGUAGGAGAGGAGUCUUCCUUGCAGCCGGUCACCAUAGCCAUGGCAUUUGUGUACUUUGAGAAGCUGGUCCUACAGGGGCGUCUCAACAAGCAGAACAGGAAGCUGGUGGCGGCCGCGUGCAUUCUACUCGCCGCCAAGAUCAGCAGCGACCUGAAGAAACAAGAGGUCAAGCAACUGAUCGACAAACUAGAGGAGAGGUUCCGGAUUAGCCGUCGAGAGCUGAUUGCUUUAGAGUUCACUAUCUUGGUGGCUCUGGAAAUGGCACUUUACCUACCGGAGAGUAAAGUCAUGCCCCACUACCGCAGACUGGUGCAGCAGACCUGACGUGGGUAGAGCGGAGGGCUCAGGAACGUUGUGAAUAUGCAGAUGAGAUGCAUAAAGCAGUCAAAAGUGUGGGACUCCGCGUUCCCUCCAUUGCAGUUUGAGGUAACAGAGCGAAUACAUAUCAACACGAAGCUCUAAGGAAGAACUGACGUUCCAAAUGAUGCUUUAUAUAGCAAUCUGGCCAGCGGCUUUUCUUUUCAUGGCUGUCUGUUUUUGUGACCACCAUGGGAAUACUGCUGAGGAAAACCGCACAGAUCUUCUUUUAUUGAAAACAGAAGGUUUUAAGACUCAAAUGACAAGGGAGAAGCUUUAACUCCUGCUACUUCACUUGUGUGCAUGCAUGUUUGUAACAUUCCGUAUCUAUUUACCAUAAAUAACUUUUAUUUUAGACCUCUCCUUUUGUAUAGAACAACCUACCAUUCACUGUAUCACUAAAGCACUUUAAAACAACAAAAAAAACAACAACUAAGCAUGUAAACGUUAUGCAAUAAUAAUAUAGUCAUUAGCACAGAUCACAUAAUAUACUGUAUAUGCACUUACUUUAGUAGCGUACUCAGAAAGUGUUAUUGAGUGACUGACUAAAUCUACCUUAAUAUUCAGACCUAAUAUGUUCACUGUCGUUGAUAAGGCUUGAUUUUACUGUGAAGAGUGCUCUAUAUUAGAGCUGAUUUCAAGAAAAGCACAUUUUCAGUGCUGCCGUGGUAUUCUCACUUUUUCUUUUUUUUAUAGAAUUUUUUAAAAAUCCUCUUUUAAAUUCCACAGAAGA